AUGCCAGCGUAUAAUGGUCGGGGGCUAUAUUCUACUGGGAAUAUCGUUGAUAUACCGUUAUGCUGGGCCGGGAAAGAUUUACACGACGGCUCCAUGUACCCGUACGUCUACGAGUCUACGCUGCCUCAACACCGGCUCAACGAAGGCAAAACUCCACGGCCGUCUCAGAACGAAUACCCGGUGUGGUACUUUCUAACAGGCACGCUAGCGCGUGCAGACAAGCUUCAGAGACUGUUGAAGCUCGAUGUAGAACCCGAAACAAAGUUGGCCAGCAUCACAUCGUUGAGAGAAGCUAGCGAACGGCAAUGCAAGGCCUUGGUGGAAUUGCCUCUGUACGACUCAUCUCAUGCGCAUCACCAUACUACUGGCACCGCCUAUCUUGUGAAGAACGAGCGGGAGGAAGAAGCGAUGCGAUACUUCAAAACGUCUUUCUUCCAAGUCAAACGCACCAAGAUCAGACUCCAUGCAAGAACAGAUUCCGACGAGCCGGAACAUGUCGACGGACUGGUUUUCGCGCUUGUGGGCUCUCAGGAGAUCUUGAGAGAGAUGGUAUCGUGGCCUAUCGCACAGAUGCCAAACGGUGUAGGCAGUAUGCGGAGAACACCAGCCUUCAUACCGGAACCCGCCAUGCCACAUCGUCCAAAGCCCUACAGGCGCUACCCAAUUGAUUGA